UCCAAAUUGUGUUCCUUCCUCCAUAUAAAUGCUUAUGCUGUGGUCUCGGAACUUGAAGAAGAAGAAAGAAGAUGGUUUCAAACUUCGUCAAUCUUCUUCAUCACCUCCAAGCCCAACCCUUGUGGAUACUUCUUCUCUCCGCUCUUGGUUUUCUCUCCCUCCUCACCCACUUCUUCUUUCUCAUCAACUGGCUCUACAUCACCCUCCUCCGGCCCCCAAAGAACCUCAGAAACUACGGCUCCUGGGCUCUCAUCACCGGUGCCACCGAUGGCAUCGGCAAAGCCUUCGCCUUCCAACUCGCCCAGCAAGGCCUCAACCUUGUUCUGGUGAGCCGGAGCUACCACAAGCUCCGAUAUGUCGCCGCAGAAAUCCAAGCCCGGUAUCCAGACACCAAGAUCAAGGAGGUCGCCUUGGACUUGUCCAGCGGCGGCGCAGCCGUGGAGGGGGCGGUGGAAGGGCUGGAUGUGGGUGUUUUGGUGAAUAAUGUUGGAGUUACCUACCCGGCGGCGAGGUUCUUCCACGAGGUGGAGGAGGAGGUGUGGAUGAAGGUGGUGAGAGUGAACUUGGAGGCCACCACCAGAGUCACCAGAGCUGUUCUUCCCGGCAUGGUCAAGAGGAGGAGAGGCGCCAUCGUCAAUAUCGGCUCGGGCGCCGCCGUAGUUGUUCCUUCUCAUCCUCUCUUUGCCAUCUAUGCUGCUACGAAAGCAUAUGUUGAUCAGUUAUCAAGAAGCCUCUAUGUGGAAUAUAAGGACAUGGGGGUAGACGUGCAGUGCCAGGUACCACUGUACGUAUCCACCAAAAUGGCAUCGGAGGUUGCGUCCAUACACAGGUCGUCGUUGUUCGCGCCGUCGCCGGAAAAAUACGCCGAGGCCGCCGUUGCACGAAUAGGGUUCGAAGCAAGGUGCAGCCCUUACUGGGCACACUCGCUGCAGUGGUUCUUCGCCUCCAUGCUCCCUGAACGUAUCCUCGAUUCAUGGCGCCUCGCCAUCGGAAUCCGGAGGAGACAGAGCUCCUUAAUUGGCCCAUCCGCCGGCAGAGACAAAGCUCCUUGAAACAAUUUUUAAGUUUUAAUCAGUGGGUUUGGUUUGG